AGGAGCUCAACCCAUGUAUCCAUAGUAAUUUCAUAGUAGAAAUAUACAUAUAUAUAUUUUUACAUAUAAUUAUAAAAACAUUAAAAAAAAUGGCUUCCGAAGGGGGGAAGAAGAAGAAGGUGAUCGCAAUGGCUGUAUUACUUGUGGUGGGGGCUGUUGUUAGCACCAUUGUCACCGUUAGAAGACACAAAGAUAUUGAGAUUAAUGUCCGGAAGGCAGGCGGCAAGAAAACCGGUAUCAUAGCUGCCACAGCCGUGACCACAGCCGCGACCACCGCAACUGUGAUAAUUCUCUGCAAACACACGGAUUUCAAGAAGGUUUGCGAGGAAACUUUGAGUAGAGUUGGAUUGAAAGAACCUAGGGACCUGGUAAAAGCGAAUUUUAAUGCAGCGAUGGAGAGUAUCCUGGUCGCCAUUGAAAAAUCAUACACCCUACAAGUAGCUGCAAAGGAUCCUAUGGCUGCUAAGGCAAUUGAGCAAUGUAACGAGCUUCUACAUGUAUCCAUUGAAGAUCUAAAAAGAUCGGUAGAUCAAGUGAACAUCUUUGAUCUUCCCAAGUUGAAGCAAAAUAUUAUUGACUUGAGGGUUUGGCUUAGUGGUGCUGUAACUUGGCAAGAAACCUGCCUUGAUGCAUUUGAAAACACCACAGGCGAUUCAAAAAUGUCGAUGUGGAAAUUUAUGGAAACAGGGAACAGACUUACACGAAAUAGUCUUGCAAUUCUUGAUGGAGUCGCUGAAUUGUCUGUAGAUGUCCAAAAGAGCCCUCGAAAGGUUCCUAGGCCACGUCCUAAACCGCUUACCAUGCCAAUUUCUGUGAAUUGGAAGGCAGAUCUCACCAUUAAUCCUAUGGCUUUGAGACAAGAUACUGGCAAUGGCAUGAAUAAUAACCCCGCAGAUUCACAGCCAGCAACUGUUGGUGGGGAUUCAAAGCCAAUGACAGGCAAUAGAAGGAUGCUUGACCAAUUGGAUGAUGAUUUUCAGGAUCCUGCUGUUCAUUCAAAUCUACAGAUGGUUGGAGACUCAUCAUCAAAAGAUGAUGAAAUUCCUACUCCUGAAACAAAGCCAGUGAUGCCCCUUCAGCAAGAUGAUAAUACACAAUACCCUUCAUGGGCCGAUGGUCCACGGAGGUCUCUAAUUAACGCUGAUCCCUCAACUCUUAAGCCUAAUGCCAUCGUGUCUCAAGAUGGGACAGGUAACUUCAAGACCAUCACCGAGGCAGUUGACUCAGUGCCCCAAAAGCAAACCGAACCAUUUAUCAUACUCAUCAAGGCUGGUACCUACAAGGAAAAUGUUGCAAUUCCUCGGCAUUCUAACAACAUUGUCCUCCUCGGAGAAGGUCCAGCCACCACCAAGAUCACCGGAAACAAGAAUUUCAUUGAUGGAGUCUCUACUUUCCAUACUGCUACAGUCGCGGUGAACGGGGAUGGGUUCAUGGCGAAGGACCUAUGGUUUGAGAACACUGCGGGAUCUGAAAAACAUCAAGCAGUAGCCCUGCGUGUCUCAGCAGAUAUGGCCAUUUUCCAAAACUGUGUGAUGGAUGGAUAUCAGGACACCCUUUACACUCAUUCAUAUCGACAAUUCUACAGACGAUGCAACGUCAGUGGAACCAUUGACUUCGUGUUUGGGGAUGCUGCAGCUGUUUUCCAGGACUGCCAUAUGAUAGUCAGGAAGCCGAUGAGCAACCAAGCAUGCAUGGUGACAGCUCAAGGGCGGAAGGACUCCCACUCAGUGGGUGGAAUCGUCCUCCAGGGUUGCACUAUUACAGCUGAGCCCGACUUCUUGAACGCAGCCCCAAUGCCCAAGUCUUAUCUCGGUCGUCCAUGGAAGGAGUAUUCAAGGACCAUCAUCAUGCAAUCAUUCAUCGACAAGAACAUCGACCCAGAAGGGUGGGCUCCAUGGACUGGGACUUUUGGCCUAGACACUUGCUUUUAUACAGAACUAGACAACAAAGGUCCAGGCGCUGACACUUCCAAGAGGGUCAAAUGGAAGGGUGUCAAAAGAAUGUCUCCACGAGAGGCUAGUAAAUAUACACCUGCAAGAUUCAUACAAGGAGAUUCAUGGAUCAAAGGAACUGGCGUGCCUUAUGAUUCUGGAAUGAUGAAUAUCUAAGUUUCUUUGCUUGUAUAUAUGGUUCUUCUAC